UGAAAAUAAAUCUCCACAACAAAAAAAAUAUUAUCAUUCUCCUCCGAAUUCUCUCAGCUAAAGUUCUGAAUUUUUUUUUGGUCCCCCCACUAAAAAAAAGAGAGGAGUUUUACCACCGGAAUUGGCUAAUGGAGAUGGCAAACAAAAACGGCGUCGUGCGAGUCCCGAACCCGCCUGCGAAUGGCUUGCAGAGGGUCGUCGUCACGAACAAGCACAUCUGUUACAGAAACCCUGGCAAUGCCAACGGAUGUGGAGGAGAAGAAGAAGGGGACGCCAUUGAACUGAGUCUAGGUCUGUCGUCGAACGGACGAUUCGGCACUGACCCGGGAUCGAGGAAGAGGAAGAGUUCCGAUUUGACUCGGUCGUCUUCCAUACCGGAGGGCUUCACCGCCGGGGAGACUCGGCCUCCGAUGGUUCCAAGGGUUUCGGACCUGUUCCAGAUGACUCGGACGCUGUCACUGCCGGUGGAUUCGACGGAGGAGGAGCGGCGGCGGAGGGUGGAGGAGAGGAGGAAGAGGUCGGAGAAGACGAGGGCAUUUCGGGAAUCGGACACUCCCCCACGUCCGAGGGAGGAUACCCAUGUCGGAAACAACGAGGACGACGGCGGAGAGUGUCGGAGCAUUGAAAGAAACGGCCAUGGUGGUACGAGGGGUAGCAAUGGCGGUUGCAGUAACAGUGGAUCUGAUGAUAUCCAUGGGAAGGGCGAAGAAGAGAGAGAAGGGAGGAGGGCGAGGAAGAUUCUGGAGAAGAUGCCGAUGGUGAGGACGAGGGAGGCGGGGCCCGACGGCAAGCGAGUGGAGGGCUUUCUCUACUGGUUCGGCGGAAGGGAGGAUGUGAGGAUCGUGUGCGUAUGCCACGGCCUCUUCCUCUCCCCCUCCGAGUUCCUCUGCCACGGCGGCUCCCGCGCCGGCAACCGCCUUCUUAACCCUCUUAGGCACAUCGUUGUUACACCUCCUCCUCUUUCUAACUAAAUAAAUAUUUUUAUUUUAUUA